AUUCUCAGCAGUUUGCUCAGUUUCAAGCAGCCACAACAACUCGUCAUGGGCGCUGUCCUGUCGCUUUGCCUCGGCAGUGGCGAAACGGUUGUCAUCAACAAGCACACCUUGACCAUCAAACAAGUUCUCGGCGAAGGAGGCUUUAGCGUCGUGUACUUGGCAGAGGACAACUUGACAUCGCGGUUGUAUGCACUCAAGCGAAUGACCUGCCACGACGACGAGCAACAGCGCGAUUCCAUGCGCGAAGUCGAGCUCUAUCGCAUGUUUGACCACGAAAACCUGAUGCGCGUCGUCGACUCGGCCAUUCUGCCGUCGCGAACAAACCCAAACUCUCACGUCAAGGACCUAUACGUCAUGCUGCCGUACUAUCCGCGCGGCACGCUGCAAGAUCGCAUCGAAGCCGUCAAGGCGCACGGCUCGCAGUUCUCCGAGCGCGAAAUCCUCUCCGUCUUCCGUGGGAUUUGCCUCGGCGUCAAGGCGCUGCAUCAAUACACACCGCCGAUGCGAAACAACCGCAUGCCGUACGCGCAUCGUGACCUGAAGCCUGGUAACGUGCUGCUCGCAGACCACGCGGAAUCGGGCGCUCCGUUCGCUCGCAGCGCCUCCGCCUCCGUGCCCGCCGGGAUGGCUGACACACCGCUCGAUCGUCUGACCCCAAUCCUGAUGGACUUUGGCUCUAUGGCACCCGCGCGCGUCAAAAUCACCUCGCGUCUCGAAGCGCUCCAGCUGCAAGAUCUUGCUGCUGAAAAGUGCACAAUGCCGUACCGUGCGCCCGAGUUGUUUGAUGUUCCCAGUGACACGACCAUUGACGAGCGUGUGGAUAUUUGGGCGUUGGGCUGCAUUCUGUAUUCGCUAAUGUACCUGCAAUCUCCGUUCGAGUCUGCGGCAAACGAACAAGGCGGCAGUAUUGCUUUGGCUGUCAUUUCUGGCCGUGUGAACUUUUUGCCGCAGUUCAAUCACUCGGCGUCGUUGCAAAAUCUGGUCAAGUUCAUGCUCGUUGUCUCACACGAGGCUCGACCCCACAUCGAUCAAGUGAUUGAAGAGAUUGAUGCAAUCAGCUCGCGUUAGUCACCACAGCAGUAUGGUGUUGUAGGUUUUGCGUGGUACAUGAGUAUGGUGGUUUUUAUUUUGCUGUGAAUAAGGAAAUACACUACAUUUUGAUUGGCAA